AUGCAGGGCAGCGCCAAAGUCGGCACCAGCAUCACGGGAGGCAGCUGGGCGGGCGCGGCUGCUGCCGGGCAGCCUGCUGAGCUGGAUGAGCGGGAGGUGGAGUUGCCGCCGCCGCCCCAGCUGCCCAUCAUCCUGCCCUCGUCAGCGGCGGCUGUGCGGGUGAAGGAGCAGCAGCUGGCUGGCGCUGGCGGCACUGGCGGAGGAGAGGACGAGGAGGAGGAGGAGGAGGACGGCGACAGCUUGGAUGCGGCAGCAGAUGCCAUGGCGGCCCAGCAGGCUGAGCAGGGGCCCGGCCUGCUGCAGAGGGCUGUGGAUGCCACCUCGAGCGUCGCCCACCAGGCCGCGGAGCUGGCGGCCGGGGCCUAUGCCGCUGCCGUGCCAGCCAUGAGGCAGGCGGUGGGGCAGACCGCCGAGGUGGAAGCCAGCGGCCUCGAAACUGCCAAGGAGGCAGCAGAGUCGGUGGCAGGUGCUGCUGAUCCUGAGGAAGAGGAGGAGGAGCCGACUGGGUCGGGCACCAGCCAGGGCCUUGAGCAGCCCGAAGAGGCGGCGGCGGCUGCGGGCCCGCGGCGCCCACCCACAGUCAGCCUGGCCCAGCGCGCGGCCGCAGCCGCGGCGGCUGCCGCCGCGUCCAAGCCGGCCUGGGCCACGGCCGCCGCGCUGCCCGCCUCGGCGGGCUCGCCGGCCGCCACUGGGCAGGGCUACUUUCCGGUGGUGGGGGCGGUGGCGCCCGCGCCCAAGCCCGAGCCCCGCGCCUCGGGUGCGCUGGAGGCCCGUCACGUGGUGGCGCAGCGGCUGAGCGGGCUGGCGGCGGAGGCGGCCCGCCACGCGCUGCCCCAGGCAGGCCCUUCCACCCCCGCCGGGCGCGCCGAAAGGGGCCAGGGCGCUGACGCCAUGGACGAGGACUGGAUCUCGGAGCUGGUGGAGCGGCUGUGGCCCUACAUCAAGGCCGCCAUGGAGGAGGUGGCCUGGCAGAACCUGCCCGACAUCCUGGAGGCCAGCGAGCCCAGCUGGAUCCACGACAUCAACCUCAAGAAGUUUGUGCUGGGGGAGAAGGAGCCAGACAUCAGCGACAUACGCGUGUGGAUGGACGAGAACGACGUGAUGGAGGAUUGCUACCUGGAGUUUGCCUUCGAGUGGAGCUCGCGCACGGAUGUGGAGCUCGAGAUCCAGGCCUGGAUCCCCAACUUCAUCGAGGACCGGCUCAAGGACAUGCUGACCUUCUCGGUGGGCGUGGAGAAUGCCAAGCUGCGGGGGCGCAUCCGGGUGACCAUGCGCCCGCUGCUGAGGCGCGUGCCGGUGGUGGGCGCCGUCCAGGUGUCGCUGGUGGAGCAGCCCGAGUUCGACUUUGACCUGACGCUGGGCAAGUCGAGCAGCGUGCCGCUGGAGCCCCAGCUCAAGACCUGGAUCAAGCAGACGCUCCAGGACUUUGUGUUCCAGACAUACGUCAUCCCCGAGCACUACUUCCUGCAGAUCGACCCCCAGGCUGCAGACAUCCAGUCUCCUGUGGGGGUGCUGGUGGUGGAGGUGGAGGAGGCGCGCAAGGUGCCUCGCAUGGACUUCUUCACCCGCAGCUCGCCCUAUGUGGAGCUCUACGUGCGCGACUCGCAGCGCCGUGUGACCAGCACCAAGAACUUCACCAAGCACCCUCGCUGGGGCGAAUCCUUUGAGUUGCCUGUGCACGUGAAGGAACAUCAGGAGCUGAAGAUGUCUCUGUUCGACUACGACUGGGCCUCGGCAAACGACGAGAUCGGGCGUGCCGCAACCCGCCUCUCCGACCUGGAGCCCGGCCAGACGCGUGACCUGUGGCUGGAUAUCACCUCGGAGAGCGACAAGGAGUACCAGGCGACCAAGGGCGACAUGAAGAAGCGGGACCACGCCAGGGCUGCCAUCGCCAAGCCGCUGCUGAAGCAGGGCGGCAAGGGAUGCCAGCUGCGCAUCAAGGCGAGUCAGCAUGGCACCUGGGCACCAAGUGCCAGCCCAUGCGACGACGAGGAGAAGAUGAUCAAGGAGGGGCAGCGCGGCGGCAUGCGCCAGAUGCUCGACUCCCCGCAGGGCCGCCAGAUCAACCCCCACCUGCGCCGCCUGCUGAUGAGCGGCACGCUGAGCGUCAAGGUGGUGCGCGCCGAGGGCCUGUCGGUGUCCAGCAUCUUUGGCCGACCCUCAGUCAAGGCGCGGGUGCGGUGUCGGUCCCAGGAGAAGGAGCUGACGGCUGUCAAGGCCAGCCGGCAGGGCUGCGUGCAGUACGACCAGCCUGUCCAGCUGGAUCUGGGGCCCGACGCCACGCAAAACCCGAGCACAGAAGUGGAGGUUGAGCUGGCAGAGAGCGGCUGGUUUGGCGGGGACGCCGUGGGGCGCGUGCGGGUGCCGCUGCAGGAUGUCAUGAGCCAGGGUCGCAUUGCAAAGGGCUACCCCCUGGAGGGCGGCGGCAGCCAGGGGAAAGUCCAGCUGGAGUUGGAGUGGAAGGCGUACUUCUAG